GAUGGGCCAGCAACACAAACAGCUACCCAGAUAGAGAGCAACUAGCUAGCACAUCCAUCCAGCCAAUGGCAUCCCUCACAGCGAACGCAUUGUGCGUCGUCCCCACCAUGGCGGCGGCAGCUGCACCGCGCCGCCACCGCAGCCUCGUCGUGGCCAGAGCUUCUGCUGCCAAGGUUGAUGACGCCGCCGGUGGGCGGCGCCAAGCCAUGGUGUUGCUCGCCGCCGUGGCGGCCACCACUGCCUCGACAGCAGCCGCCGGCCGGUCCGCGAGAGCCGCUGUGUCCACGAAGACCGGGCAGUGGGCGGAAAUAGAGAACGUGACGGACCCUUACGUGCAGGAUCUCGGCAAAUGGGCUGUUACGGAGCACAACAAGCAGUCUGGGGAGGGUUUGGAGUUUGGUAAGGUCGUCAGAGGCAGGCAGCAAGUCGUCGCGGGCAUGAACUACAGUCUCGAGAUCGAAACGAAGGGACCGGCCUCCCGUUUCUACGAGGCGGGUCUGUUUGUUUCCCUGCCGCCGGAGAAGCGUCAGCUCAAGUCCUUCACGCCCUUGCUUGGGUGAUGGGAACAGGUUGCUGCAAGCUGAGGACGGCCAUUGCAUGCUCUGAGUCUCUCUGAUGUGUGUGUUUGGGACUUGCUACUGCUCCCCAAUGUGCGAGUCGUAUGUGGUGUUCUCCUAAUAAUUUGGUUUUGCAGAAUGAAGGGAACAAAUUACAGGUGGUUCGUGUUUUUCUUUUUCAAAUAACUGUCUAUGUUUUCGUGCAUGCAUGCAAGCACAUGGCGCCGAGAAAGGUUUCAUGAAAAUAAGGUCAAGUACCAAUAAUUGAACAUGCCAAGUACAGAUUUCGAAUUA